GUAACUUGGGGGUGCAUUUAGAUGAUCAAGUAUAUUUUAUUUAAUUUUCAGAUGAUCGAAUUAAUGGAAUUGUUACCUUAAAUUAUCCUAAAGAACUAAACUGAAAUUUAACGGCCGGACAACGAAAGCCCAACAGUCGCAUUCCAUUGAAGUCAUGUGUAACCUUCUGGUACCAGGUGGGUUCUUCCCGUUCUUGCAAUUCCACAAGAGGAACCCUUUUUGGAGCUUUUGUUUCAUACCCGAUUCCCACGAUCCGAUAAUCGACUGCAAGGUGUUUGAUGAAAUGCCUCAAUGAGAUUACCACCCGAAUUCCAAACAAAAAUUUGUAGAAAAUUAUAACUUUUGAUGAGCCAGUUUCUCUCUUGGUUCCCAGAACCAACAACUGACUGCUUAUUAUCAUUGCUCAUCGGAUCCAAUGAGUCAUCGUAAGCGUUUUACUCUUGGUACCCUAUGGGUUCUCGUGUUGCUUUCACACAACAUCAAGUCAUAUAGUUGGCUUUUCUCAAGUGGAAAGGUCGACUCUAAUGAAAAACCUUUAGAAUUUCCCGAACUUUCCAAUAACAUCGUUGCUGAGUUUUCCAUGGAAUCGUUAACUAGCAAAAAGGGUGUGAGUUUGGUCGAAAAGGCAAAGCGAAAGGCCGCUUUGUCAAAUUCAUGUUGGCAAAACGCGUAUCAAAAUCUGUUUAAAGGAUGUUCGGAGAUUUUAGCGCGUGAAGAACAACGGUCUAGGCUUGCUUGGCAUCUUAGUGAUUGCUUUCAAAAGGACACUGGGAGGCCUCGUUUUCCGUAUUGUGAUGUAAAAUCACAAAUGGUUAAUUGUCUAAAAAAGUUGGAUGAAGAUGCUCAUAGGAUUUAUCUUGAGUUUUAUCUUGAGACCAAUGCCAUCUGUCAUCAGCUACAGUUACGUGAAUUGAUGUUGACUUGUAGGACUGAAGCAUUCAAGAGACAAACAGAAAGACUGGUGAAUGAACUCAAAAGGUCGGCUGAAUCUGCAGAGGUUACGUUAGAGAAGAUUGAAACAAAAGCAGACCAUGUGUUGGAUAGUUCAAAUCACAUUUACGACUCGUUAUCUUCUAUCGACAUCCAAACACAAGAACUAGCUCAAACAUCAAAAGAUGUUGAAGAGCGUGUUAAUAUCGUGUUAGAGCAUUCACAGUCGGUGUACGAACAGUCUCUUAAGAUAUUAGAUUCUCAAACGGAGCUGCAAAAUGGACAAAUAAAAAUGAACGAAAGGAUAGAUGAAGGAAUGACGAUGCUUAACGAAUCUGCUAAUAAGUUAGGUGAAGAAAUGAACAAUUUACGGAACGACGCGGUUGAAAUCGGAAAGGAAAUUGGUAGAGUCGGAGAUGCGAUGUUUAUGAAGAUGAAUAAUUUACAAAGUAAAGCCGAUGAUAUCGAGAACAUAACCGAAACAUCACUAGACAAGCAAAAGCAACUUCUUGAAAGCCAGAAUGCUGCCCUUGAGGUUCUCCAGACUGUCACAGUUUUUCAGUCACAAGCAUUAGAAGAAAGCAGGGGAAGUCUGCAACAGCUGAUUUCACUCGGUAAUAGUCAACAACAGGAACUCAUACAAAGGCAACAACAGCUUAAACAAGCUCAUGAUUAUCUAUUCGAGAACUCAAAAACUAUAUUAGCCGCUCAGGAAACCUUUGAGUCAAAGCAAGCAAGCAUGUUUCUUGCGAUCGACAAGCUUUUGAGUUUGCACAAUGCACUUUUACUCGAAUCACGAGUCAUUAAAGCUUUUCUUGUAUAUUCUAUAUCGAUCUUCAUUCUCUUCAUGUUUACAAGCACAAAGCAAACGUACAGUGUUAGACCCAGGCUAUAUAUAGGGUUGUGUGUGACAUUCUUGAUUGAAUUUGCGGUGCUUCGGUAUGGAAAUGACAUCGAACAAGAAGCAUGGAUUAUCCGCGUUGUUCGGUUAACGUUCUUGCUUCUAGCGUCGGGUCAACUACUAUACGCCAUUUACACAUACAGAGACUACGAGACAUUGAACUAUCAAAUGCUUCAAUCACUAAUCGAAAAGGUUAAUCGCCUGCAAGGAAAUAAACAGUUUUUAUGUAACGAUGAUGAUAGUGACGUUGACUGGUCUUCAUGGAUUGACUCAGAUUUACCCGAAGAUGAAUUGGACGAAAUUGACUAUAUGCUCCCGGAAGAAAUCCGAGAUUCUUCGGUUUCUAGAGAAUAUAAUCUUUGUCGCCGCCGCCAAUAACUUAAAGAUCAUGUAAAUUUUGAGGCAAGAUGCAUAAUGAUACAAUCUAAAGAUAGGGAGUAAACUUCCGUUUUGCUCCCUGUGGUUUGGUCAUUUUAACGGUUUUGCUCCAAUAGUUUAAAAAUAGCCAUUUU